UAGCUGUGAUUUUCUGCUGAAAGUGGUUCAGUUCAGGGGUGUUUUAGUGGUUCCUCCUCAUCGUUCCUGCUUGGAACCACCUAACCCUGUUAGACGGAAGAGGCGCUGCAGAUGGAGACAGGUGUGGAGUUCUGGGUGGUCCUGCUGAACCGCGGCAUCAGGGCAAAGGAAAAACGCUCCGACCCCAGCAGGACACCGGGAGGGAACGGGAAGCACGGAGAGCUCGGACUAACGUCAGCCGGAGGCUCAGCCUCCAGGAGCGCAACGUCAGAACCGGAGCGCAGAGCCGCGGAUCGCCUCGCCUUGCAGGGUAAACAAACUUCACUGCUCUUGAUCUUCUUCCUUCUGGUGCUUCGUUUGAAGGAGUGGUCCUAUCGGGUCUGAUUGGAGGUCUGGGACUGCUCUAUGGUGCAGCUGUCGUGCGUAAAACACCGGCAGAGCGCUCAGCGAACGCGGAAUGGGCAGACCAGAGCCCGACCAGAACCAGGGUGGUGAUGUCCGGGGGGAAGCGGAGUAGGAAAGCAGAAGAAUUCCCCCUCAGCAUUCCUGAUCAAUCCCAACAACCCCCUAAAGGGACCGUUUCCCUGCAGGAGCGGAUCUGAUCCAUAAAGGUUGGUUUUCAGCAGCAGCGCGUGUCUGUGGAGCUCAGCGCAGCAUGGAUAACGCUUCGGUCCCUGGGGGUGCACUGCCGGUCUGUAACGACUCCGUGGACCGGUACUCUCCCACGCCAGCGAACAGCAGUGAUCCGAGCUGCACUCCUCCUUCAGACUUCUACUUCUACGCUGACCUUUAUGUCAUUUUACCCGUCAUCUACUCUGUGAUCUGUGCCGUGGGACUGACUGGCAACACCGCCGUCAUCUACGUCAUCCUCAAAGCUCCCAAAAUGAAAACCGUCACCAACAUGUUUAUCCUGAACUUGGCCAUCGCAGAUGACUUGUUCACCCUUGUCCUGCCCAUCAGCAUAGCUGAUCACCUGCUUAACUACUGGCCUUUUGGUGACAUCCUGUGUAAAAUCAUCCUCAGCAUAGACCACUACAACAUCUUCUCCAGCAUCUACUUCCUGACAGUUAUGAGCAUCGAUCGCUACCUGGUUGUCUGGGCAACCGUGAGGUCCAAACGCAUGCCGUACCGCACCUACAGAGCAGCAAAAAUCGUCUCUUUCUGUGUCUGGGUCCUGGCCAUCAUCAUCGUCAUGCCCUUCACCGUAUUUGCUGGAGUCUAUGUCAGCCCGGAUGAUGGGAGGAAAAGCUGCGUUCUGAGCUUCCCCAGCCCUGAGAGUUUAUGGUUCAAAACCAGUCGCAUCUACACACUCGUCCUGGGCUUUGCGAUACCGGUGUCAACCAUCUGCAUCCUGUACACCAUGAUGCUGUACAAGCUGAGGAACAUGAGGCUAAACAGCAACGCCAAGGCCCUGGACAAGGCCAAGAAGAAGGUCACCAUCAUGGUGUUCAUCGUCUUGGCUGUGUGCCUGUUCUGCUGGACGCCAUUCCACCUCAGCACCAUCGUGGCUUUGACCACAGAUCUGAGGACCACGCCGCUGGUGAUCGGGAUCUCCUACUUCAUCACCAGCCUGAGCUAUGCCAACUCCUGCCUCAACCCAUUCCUCUAUGCCUUCCUCGAUGACAGCUUCAGGAAGGCCUUCAUAAAGAUGUUGGAGUGCAUACCAGCUUAAACUCAUUCACACUUCUGUCUGCACAUCCUCCAGGCUGUAGAGGUCAGGUCAGGUCAGGUCAGGUGAGGACUAACUUUGGGCGGCCUCAUCUGUGAUAAAAGAUCCAACAGUAGACCAGAAGAGUGAAAUCGGCCCUGUUGUUGUUAAAGAGCUCAGUCCGAGGCGGUUUUGCUAUCCAGAUGGGCACAUUUGUAAAAAUGAUUCUGUCCGUGGAUAUGCGGCCGAACAGCCUUAGUUUGGAGAGAUGGGGUUUAAAUCAUCCAGGACUGAUGAGCUAAAGGGUAGUCUGAGCUACCUAAAACGGUCCCAAUCUUCCCAGUAUGACAGUCAUCCGUGUGAUGUUAUUUUAUAAAUCUGUGUUUUACACGUUUAGCUACACCACGCUUUGUUUAAAUGUGUAAACGUGACCGGCGGCUGCACAGCGCCGCAGCCGACAGAAUACUCUCAGUCAUCUUUAUGAAAUGGCCGUUUGGACAGAAACAUCUUAAAGCCGGUCGGGUUCUGGUCCGUCUGGAAACUCUGAGUUGCAUCACAGUGGCAGGGUUACAGUUUGAUGCUUACUCGUGUGUAUUCACACAGUUCCAUGUAAAUCAGUCUAAUGAGAGCGGGCAGAUGGUGUCUUCAUUAAAAAGCUGUUUGGUGUUCUAGAAGAGGGUGGAGCUGUUUAAAGAUGGCGGCGCUCUGACGAGUUCAUCAGUCCUGAAAUACGUGAAAAGGUUUUUCUCUGAGAAAAGAAGCCUGAUUAACUGCAGUGGUUCCAGUUUCAUCCGGUUCUAACGCUAACGCCGGGGACACACCGGCCGCCGAAGCGCCGCGAAAUUGGGGCCGCCUUCAUUCGGCACCCUUGUUAUCCUGUUCUAUAGACCGCAUGGGUCGCCGAAGCGCUGCGCGCCGGCGCUCCAGCCCGCACCGCGCAGCGAUCGUUUCGGCGUCUGCUCUAUUUUUUUCACGAGCCGCGGGUGAACCGCGUCAAUUCUGGCAGGAAGUCAAACCUCGACAUAAGAGGCAGGCCGGUAAAUUUAACAAAAUAAAGCAUUUCAAAAUAAAAUUCCGCCAUAGUCAGAUGUGUUCGUAAACAGAUACUGCAUAAAAACCACACACACACACACAGCAAACGUGUGUGUGUGUGACCACGUGAAGGGGGCGUGGUUUUGGGUGUCUUUCAACCGGAGCAAACAUGACAGAGAGGCAGAAAGUCGUAGGCCAGCUAUUAACAGCUGGUUCUCACACGCACACACACGCACACACACGUACACACACACACACACACGCACACGUACACAGACACACACACACACACACGCACACACACGCACACACACGCACACACACACGCACACACACACACACGCACACACACGCGGACAAACACACACACACACACACACACGCACACACACGCACACACACACACACACACACACACACACAGCAAGGGGGAGGGGGUGUAGAGGAAGAGAGCAGAGAGAGGAAAUGGAGGACACCAGGUGGUUAAAAGAAAAACUACGAGGCGCGCCUCGACCGGAGCGGAGACACAAGCGUCUGGUCUGAACUGAGGAGCAGCGAGCAGCGGCCGGAUUUUGUGAGCGCUUCGCCUCACGGCGCUCCGGCGGCGGUGUGUCCCCGGCGGUACCCAGAAACAGCAGCGUGGACUCAGUCCGACCAGAGGACACGACACUUUGGGCGACUUUAGUUGCUCUGAAGCCCAAAAGUGCUGUGAGCUGUUAAAACCAGACAGCAGUUUACAGCUCUGGCAUGGUGGACGGCAACACCUACAGCUGUUUGAGACUUGUCCACAGUCAUCUCUGCAAUCCAGAUCCGUUUCCAGGUGAAGACGGCUGCAGGCAGGUGUUCUCUUUGAACAGGAAAGCAAAAGUUCUGCAGAGAUGUGCCGGCACAAACACGUGUCACCUUCACGGGACUCCCUCUACCACCAGAGAACCACACAGCCACCUUGGUGGAGGUCGGCCUACGAAUGGAGAACCAGCUGUUGUCCAUCCAAUCGAUAUCCUGACAACCACCAGCGUGGAAACCAGGGACGCUCUCAGCAUCCUUGGUGAUUGGUUGAUGAGAAAUCAGAGAUGGUUCAUGCAAAAUAUGAAUUUGCGAUUCAAGUUGACAGACUGGAUGACACUGAUCAAAGGCUGCUGUUGAAACUCAGACAGACCGAACUCGCUGAAGGCUAAAUGGGACCGGUGCCGUUCUCCUCUCGUAUAAACUGGUUCUACCCCUCAGAAACGCACCUUAUGGAACUUCACAGUUGUACCGUAGGACCGGUGUGAGCUGGCAGGAGGAGGGCCACCGAACAUUGGGUCUGUGUUGUUGGUGUCUGCUGCCCCCUGCAGGCCAGAGGCUGGUAGAGCUGGAGGUGUGGAGCGCGUGCUCUCAGCAUCCUUUUACCUGAGUGCUUUAGAGACUUGAAACAGGAAAAUACAUGUAAGGAUUCCACUUUAGGACUUAUGUAGAUUUUAACAAAUAAACACGUUUUAUAAAUGA